CCAACCCGUUAAUCAACUAAAACAAUAACUCUAGUUCAUCUCUUACAAUCAAACCGCCACUCGCAGGACCUCAGCCUCUCAAGCACCUUCCGACGCAGCUGUUUUCCGAUCACACAGCUGCAGUCAUGGUAGACAACAAAAGAAAAACGAGAGACGUCAAGAAGAACAAGAAAACUGAAACACCGAAUAAAAGAGGGAAAACCAAAUCAUUCAACAAAUUCGAUAGGAAUAGUAAGAAGAAAACCGGUCCUCGGUUGCCUAACGCUUUGCGGAAAGAACUUGACCGGAGAAACCCUAAUAACCGCCAAUACCACGGCGGAGAAGAUGAGGAUGUUCUUUCGUCUGAUGAGGAGGUGAAUGAUGUGUAUGAGUAUGAGGAAGGAUUGCCUGCGGAGGACUCGAAGAAGAACCACCGAUACGACCCCGUUGAGAACUAUGAAUACGAGUUGCCUGAGGAUUUUAAGGAUGAGAAUGUGCAAUCAGAUGAUGAUGAUGAUGAUGAAGACGGUGAUGAUGAUGAUAAAUAUGUGAAGGCGGCUAAAAUCUCUAAGAGAAAAAAGUUGAAUCAAAUCGAUGAUGAUGAUGAUGUGGAUGAAGAAGAUGAGGAACGUCAUCUUAGGAUGUUGCAAGGAAUAACUGGAAUGCCAACUGAGGCGUUUGAUGGCAAGAAGAAAAAGAAUGUUGUUCUAUCUGAGGCGUAUCCUGAAUCUGAAUUCAAUCCGACUCGUGAUGUUCUGGAUGGUGAUGGCCGGGUUUCUAUUGAAGAUCUUAUUGGAAGUCUUCAUGGAACAUCUGUAUAUAGUGAGCUUCGCAAGAGAUCUAGUCAGAUGGAGAAAAAGUCUGCUCCUCUCCAUGCUCCGCUUUCUAAGCGAGAACAGGACAAGUUGGAGAGGCAAGAAGCCUAUCAGAUGACGAAGAAAGAUAUUAGAAAGUGGGAGCCUUUAAUUAAGAGAAAUAGGGAGGCUCCUACUAUUAUUUUUGACAGAGAUAUAGAUUUAGGGUUUUCAACAGUGGGAGCAAUAGCUUCUGAAUUUGAACCUAGAACAGAUUUUGAGAAGCAAAUGGCUUCAUUAGUAUAUGAUGACAAGGUUAUGGAAGCUCAUAAAGAAGAUGGUGCCAGACUUCUUGAGUUAAAUAAGGUAUCAACUGACGAUAUUAGAGACCAAAUGAAUCAUGUUGCCAAAAUGCGCAGCCUUCUUUUCCAUCAUGAGGUGAAGAUGAAACGAGUUAAAAAAAUUAAAUCCAAAGUUUACCAUCGUCUAUUGAAGAAAGAUAGGUUGAAAGCGUCAUCAGAUAGCAUGCAUCUGAAUCCAGAAGAAGCUAAGGAACAAGCUAUCAAGCAAGAGAGAGAGAGAGCACUUGCGCGCAUGACUUUGAAGUACAAAAAUCAGUCAAAGUGGGCUAAGCGCAUUUUAAGGCGUGGUCUUGAUGUUCAAGAUGACGGAACUAGAGAAGCUAUUGCUGAACAACUUCGUCGGCAUGCUCUUUUGACAAGGAAAAUGAAAUCUAUGAAUGACAGUAGUAGUGAUGACAGCAGUGGAGAAGAUGAUGAAAAUUAUGCUGGUUCAGACCAUGAUGAGCAGUUAAAGAUUUUGACUAAAGGAAAAGAGAAGACUCUCAAAGUAUUAGAAGAAAAUGAUGAAGUGCCAAAUUCAGGAGUGCUUUCUUUACCUUUUAUGGUGCGAGGAAUGAAAAAAAGAAAGGACGAAGCUGUUGAAGAAGCUCAGGUUGCUCUUCAAGAGUAUAAAUCGUCAAUAAAGCAGUUGGAAGAUACAGGUGGGCCUGAAAACCCAAAAAAGAGUCUUGUGAGUGGCAGAAGAGUGUUUGGUGCACCUAAAACGCAGGGCACAGAACCUAAUCAUAAGAUCAGAUCGGAUAAUACUCAUGAUAACAGUGAUAGUGAAGAUGAUUUUAGAGAUAAAGAAGAUGAUAUUGGCUUGGGCAGGAUAAUUGAUGCGCAGCAGGUUGUUAACAUUAACUCUGCUAUGUUUAGAGAGGAUUCUGAAGCUCAAAGAGAUUUAAUGCUUGAGAAUAUGGAUGAUAUUGUGGUAGAUAAAGGUCCCAAGACAACCUAUGAAGUUUCUUUAUUUGCAUCGGGCUCUUGGAAAAAGCAGAUGAAGAGCCAGAAGAAAGAAGAUUCUAAUAUGAAAAGUUCUCCAGAGGUUGUUGAACCUGCUGUACAAAGUCGGGGCAUAGAGGAAGUAAGCGAGGAUAGUGAUAUGGAUGGUGAGGGGCAGAUGGUGGAUGGAAUCUUAUCUUCAGGCCCUAUAUCGCCUUAUCGACUUCCUUCUCAAGCAGAGCUUGUUCACGACGCUUUUGCUGGGGAUGAUGUGGAGGAAGAAUUUGCAAAGGAUAAAGAGGAACUUCUGAAUGAGGAAAAUCCCGAACCUGAAAAGCCCGUCUUACUUCCUGGAUGGGGUCAGUGGACUCAUAUACAGAAGAAGAAAGGCAUUCCGUCCUGGAUGCGAGAAGAGCAUGACAUUGCAAAGAGAAAACGAGAAGAGGCUCUCAAGAAAAGGAAGGAUGCACGACUUAAACACGUUAUUAUAUCAGAGAAGUUAGACAGAAAGGCUGAAAAAUUGCAUACAAAAUCAUUGCCAUACCCUUUCACAUCGAAGGAAGUUUUUGAACAGAGUAUGCGGGUACCUAUCGGACCUGAAUCCAAUCCUGCAACAACAGUUGGAGCUCUUAGUCGGCCUGAAGUGGUGAAAAAACCAGGGCUGAUCAUUAAACCAAUUAAAUAUGAAGAUGUGGAUCCAUAUGAAAAAGAAGAGCAGAAAACUAGUGGGAAGAAGCAGAAGCAGAAGCAAAAGCAGAAGAAAAGAAUAAAGAAUCAUGACAAAACUAAGGCAGUGGUUGCUAAAUCAUGAAUGACGCGUUAUUUAAUACGUAAUUUUUAGACUAUUGUUAUUUCUUGUGAGAGCGAUCUACUAGUAUUGUAACUUUCAGUUUUGUUAAGUAUCGUUAUUAGGAAUUCUCAAUUGGUCGGUAAAGGCAGUUGUAACCCGGUUAAGUAGAAGAGUCUAAGUGUAGCUACUCGAUCUGGAAUUGAGCUCGAGAAAUUGAUUUCGCUCAAUUUUGAUCUUAUUUUUUUUUUAGCAGAAGAUGCUGUUUAUGCUUGCUACACAAUUGUUUUAAAAAUAUUUAUACUAGCAAAUACUUGCAGUAA